AUGGCUUCAAAAAUCUUCACACCAACAAACCAAAUCCGUUUAACUAAUAUUGCUACUGUUCGUUUGAAAAAAGGUGGAAAACGCUUUGAAAUUGCUUGUUAUCGUAAUAAAGUUGUUUCAUGGAGAAAUAAAGAAGAAAAAGAUCUGGAUGAAGUUCUGCAAACCCAUACGGUUUUCUCCAAUGUAUCGAAAGGUCAAGCAGCGAAAAAAGAAGAUCUCAUCAGUGCAUUCAAUACCGAUGAUCAAACGAAAAUUUGUCUCGAAAUUUUAGAGAAAGGUGAACUGCAAGUCUCGGAUAAAGAGCGAACACAACAUCUAGAAACGACUUUUAAGGAAAUUGCUUCUAUUAUCAGUGGCAAAUGCAUUAAUCCAGAGACUAAACGUCCGUAUACAAUUUCAAUUAUUGAACAAGCAAUGAGAGAUAUUCACUAUAGUGUGAAUCCAAAUCGUAAUGCUAAACAACAAGCACUGGAUGUGAUUCGACAAUUGAAGCAAUCCAAUAAUAUUCCAAUUCAACAAGCACAAAUGCGUGUACAACUGACAGUGCCAGCAAAAGAUGCCAAGAAAUUUAAAGAAAAAAUGACCAAACUAUCAACAGCACCACUUAUUGAUAACGAAGAAUUCCUCGGUUCAUCCAUGCAAUUGAUAUGUUCUAUUGAUCCAGGUGUUUUUCGAGAAUUGGAUGAUCUAUUGAGUAGUGAAACACGUGGACAAGGUCAGCUGGAGUUAUUAAGUUUAAUGGACGUUGCUGAAGGAGACGAAACUUUCAGUGAUUUACAUGAUGAAAAAACCGAACAGUAA